AUUCUGAGCACCUCUCCCUCCCAGUAAUAUCCUCCCGGCUUUCAACAAGGCGGAACAGAUGAGAUAAAUUCAAAUAAUAACAGUCUUGUACAUAUAUAUUAUAUGCAUAUAUUCCACCGGUAAAGUAUGGCGGGAAAUUUCGGCAGAAUUACCGUCGGUAUUUACGUGGAGAUUAAAAGGAGUGAUGGACGAAUACACCAAGCGAUGGUCACCUCCCUGAACGAGGAGAACGACAGUGUCACCGUGGAGUGGAUCGAGAACGGAGACACCAAAGGGAAAGAGAUUGACCUGGAGAGCAUCUUCUCUCUCAACCCAGACGUGGCCCCCGAGGAGGAAGUCAUCCUGAGCCCAGUGACCCCUCCGCCCCCCACCACAGCCAGCGCCACCAAGGUCAACAAGAUACCAAAGAACCGACGAACCAUCGCACCUGUAAAAAAUGACGUCCCGUCCAGAGACAACAGAGUUGGCUCCACCCGUGCCCGGCCUGCCCAGCUGCAGUACCAGCAGCAGCCUGAGCCGGCCCUGCCUCCCCCAACCUCGCAGCCAGCCCAGCCCACCCAGAGCCAGACCGCCCAGCAGCUACAGAAUGCGAGGAGGAAGUCGAACUGCGUGAAGGAAGUGGAGAAGCUGCAGGAGAAGAGGGAGAGACGACGACUGCAGCAGCAGGAGCUGAGAGAGAAGCGAGCGCAGGAGGUUGACACCACUGUUCCAAACUAUGAGAUUCUGCAGAUGAUCAGAGAGUUCCGUUCUAGCCUGGACUACAGGCCUUUAACCACUUCUGAUCUGAUUGAGGAGCAUCGAAUAUGCGUAUGUGUCAGGAAACGUCCCCUGAACAAAAAAGAGCUCACAGUGAAGGACUUGGAUGUGAUCACCAUCCCCAGCAAAGAUGUCGUCAUGGUCCACGAACCCAAGCAGAAAGUUGAUCUGACGCGAUACCUGGAGAACCAGACAUUCCGUUUCGAUUAUGCCUUUGAUGAAAGUACAACAAAUGAAAUGGUUUAUAGAUUUACAGCCAGGCCGCUAGUGGAGACCAUAUUUGAACGGGGGAUGGCAACCUGUUUUGCCUAUGGACAAACAGGAAGUGGGAAAACCCAUACCAUGGGGGGAGACUUUUCGGGAAAGAACCAGGAUUGCUCGAAGGGAGUCUACGCUUUAGCAGCUCGGGAUGUAUUUCUAAUGCUGAAGAAACCCAUCUACAAGAAGCUGGACCUUCAAGUAUACGCAACCUUCUUUGAGAUCUACAGUGGAAAGGUGUUUGACCUGUUGAACCGCAAGGCGAAGCUGCGCGUGCUGGAAGACGGCAAGCAGCAGGUGCAGGUGGUGGGGCUGCAGGAGCGCGAUGUGCGCUGCACAGAGGACGUCCUCAAGCUCAUCGAGGUCGGGAACAGCUGCAGGACAUCGGGCCAGACGUCUGCCAAUGCCCACUCGUCCCGCAGUCACGCCGUCUUCCAGAUCAUUCUGCGCCGGAAAGGCAAGAUGCACGGCAAGUUCUCCCUCAUCGACCUGGCGGGGAACGAGCGCGGGGCGGACACCUCGAGCGCUGACCGCCAGACGCGCUUGGAGGGAGCCGAGAUCAACAAGAGCCUGCUUGCACUGAAGGAAUGUAUUAGGGCCCUGGGACGCAACAAACCGCACACGCCUUUCCGAGCCAGCAAACUCACCCAGGUGCUCCGAGACUCUUUCAUCGGAGAGAACUCCCGGACAUGCAUGAUUGCAACCAUCUCUCCUGGUAUGGCCUCCUGCGAAAACACCUUGAACACACUACGCUAUGCCAACAGGGUGAAGGAGCUGACGGUGGACCCCAACGCGGUGGUGGAGAGCAGCAGCCGGCCCAACAUCCACGCCGGCAGCCAGCUGGACCUGAUGGACGAGGAGUGGGACAUCAGCAACUCCCCGCAGAGGGACGACCUCAAGCUGCUCUGUGAGCAAAAUGAGGAGGAAGUAUCCCCUCAGCUCUUCACCUUCCACGAGGCCGUGUCCCAGUUGGUGGAGAUGGAGGAGCAGGUGCUGGAGGACCACAGGGCCGUCUUCCAGGAGUCCAUCCGGUGGCUGGAGGAGGAGAAGGUUCUGAUGGACAUGACGGAGGAGGUGGAUUACGACGUGGACGCCUACUCCUCCCAGCUGGAGCAGAUUUUGGACCAACGAAUUGAUAUCUUAGUUGAACUUAGAGAUAAAGUGAGGUCGUUCCGCUCUGCACUCCAAGAAGAGGAACAAGCCAGUAAGCAGAUCAAUCCCAAGAGACCUCGUGCCCUGUAGUCAGUGGAUAGGCUCUCUGUGUUCAUAUAUGUGCGCAUUUUACUGCACAUUUUAAUGCAACGGAGCGUGUCACUAGAUGAUUAGGGCCGACCACGCAGAGUUCAGAUUAUGUCGAGACGAAAAGAAAAGAAAAAAAGGAACCGUGAUCCUUUUCAGCGUCUUCGUAGUUUCUUCUUUGUUUUUACCAAUAGACAGUCAGUGUUCAUCGUCUACAUUCAUGUGACCAUUUUAAGGAGUUUGGGUGGGCAGACGGAACGGGCACGGUAGUCAUGCAAUGUGAAAGGCUUCCUUGUAAGUGCAGGUUCAUGAUGGUUGUCAGAAGUUUUAUUUUAUUAUUCUAGUUUCUUUGUUGUUUUAUUUAUUUCUUUUUAAUGUUUUACUUUUUUUUUUGUUUUUUUGUAUGGAUGUUUACUUGGUUCUGUGGAUACCUCCCCCUAUGUUUAUUUAGUGUAGUUGUCUUUAAGUUUUUCCUCCUGAGAUGUUGAAGUUGUUCUGAAGAUCAGUUUUUUAGCAGGCUUUAAUCACUGAUAACCAUGUUCUACAGGCAUCACACGGAAUGUUCGCUUUCACGGUUUCUUUUGAGCUCCUGCGUUCUCUCACUACAGUAAUUCUGUUUUCUCGUUGUACGUCAGUGGGCAGGUUAGUAAUGCUGCUUUCUGUUGAAGAGAAUGAGUUGCAAUUAAGAUGCACUUUUCAUUGUUUACCUUGUUAGUUUCCUCGUUAUACUCCACGUCUCCUAUGACUUGUCUAGUGUUUGGGUUUUUGUGCCAUAUCAAACCAUGAGGUGGCUAACAAGUUCUCACCAAACUACUACUCCCUUACAUGUAGUACUGAUGAUCAUGAAUUUCACACCACUAAACGCUUUGUAUAAAAGAAAAACAAACAAAACAUGAGUAAAAUUAGGACCGAAUUAUUCUACAUUACUGAUGUUUUCAGCAUUUACACCAAAUGUUUUGGUGGCUAAAUAAAGAUUGAUUUGACAUGA